UGGUGGCCAGACCAGACAACAGACGAGAGUGGACUCUGGUCAACUGCAGUGCAAGACUGUCAGUCAGCAAUAUGUGGAAACUACUGGUCAUCGCUGCUGUUUGUGUGCAGCUGUGCUGUGCACAGUACCCGAGAUACCUUCGUUUCCCGGUUGGCAGAGGUGAUGACACCAAAUGCCAUGACAACCAGGUUGACAAGAAGUACAACAUCGGUGAUGUCUGGAGCUCUCCAUUCUCUGGCUGUAAACAGAGCCACUGCGUCAAGGACGACGGCGUUCUUUAUAUUGACAGAUUCCAGUGUCCGUCGGUGAGAAAGCAGGUGGACUACAAGAAGCUGAAGGCCAACAACCUGUUCUGCCGCGAGGCUCGGGGAGACAGGAGGAAGGAGUUUCCCGACUGUUGUGCACGCCUUGUCUGUAAACACUACGUGGACGGGAAGCUUGUGCCGCUGCCGGCGCACAAAUAUCCCCUUCUCUAGUCAGGGCUAGGAUAAAGCUACGAUUGCUGGAGUGCAAACCAAAGAUGUCUGAAUAUUCGUCAGAGUGGGCAUAUUUGGUGUUACCGAUGUUCCUAUUGUUGCGCGGGAUCCAGUGCGAGUCUUGUGAUAUUGGUACGUUGUGUAUUUAUAUUGCUUUGUGCAUACAAAGAGCACUUUUUUUUACUGGUCCCCGUGUUUUGUUCGGCGGCCAUCUGAUGCUCAGGAGAAUACACUUUUAAAAUGGGUUGAUUUGAUUUUUUGAGACAUUUGGCGAAUCAUCACCUAUAAUUUUGAUUUUCCGUACAUUGAUGAAACGCUUAUGAAGGCUCUCACCAGCCAGAUACAUUUUUUACCAGCAUUCUUCACUCGAAACGCAGGACAAUGAAGUUCCUGAUGCAAGCGCGAAUAAACCUGACAUUGGUCUUCGGAUCCUCACUGACAUUUGUAACAAAAAGAGAACGAAAUCGCACAAUCUUUGCUUAAGUUGAUUUUGCUUAAGGCUGUCAGUUAAGUGAAUCCGUUGGUCUAAUAAAAAGCUGAUGAAAGGCGAGGCUGUUCCGCUUUUCCGCUACUUGUAAAAACGUACGCCAUUGAACUCUCUUAACCUCUUUAAGGGGUGAUCAUAGAGCUGAAGAACUGGUGUCGACCGGCAUUUGGCCGAGCCGCGUCCGGUGGCACCGAAUGGUCUGAUGAGCUGUGAUGACAAACUCGCGAUCUGUGCCGCCGUUUUUGCGUCGCGGCGAUGAUAACAUCAUAUGUAGUUGAUGGGGAAUUAAACUCCUUAUUUUUGUCGCACAUUCUUAGCAGUAUCCAUGUUU